AUGAGGCUGAGCUUCAGGGUCCCCCUCAUGCCGGGGGACCCCUGUGUUGACGUGUCCGGGGUCACCGUGGCUCUGUGUGUCCUCACCCUACUCCUGGUGGCCCUCAGGGGCCGGAGGGCUCCUCACCACCGGCCCCGGCCCCAGCCGGAGCGGCCCCGCGCCCCGCCACCUCCGGGCCCCACGCCCUGGCCCCUGGUGGGCAACCUGCUGCAGAUGGGGAGCCAGACCCACCUGUCCCUCACCCGCCUCCGGCUGCAGUACGGAGACGUGUUCCAGGUGCGUCUGGGCUCCCUGACGGUGGUGGUGCUCAGCGGCUACACCACCAUCAGGCAGGCCCUGGUGCGGCAGGGCCAGGCCUUCGCCGGCCGGCCCGACCUCUUCACCUUCUCAGCCGUGGCCGACGGGAACAGCAUGACCUUCAGCGAGGAGUACGGCCCGGCCUGGACGCUGCACAAGAAGCUCUGCAAGCACGCCCUGCGGACCCUCUCCCGGGCCGAGCCCCGGGGGUCCGAGGCCUCCUGCCUCCUGGAGGAGCACGUGUGCGCGGAGGCGGGUGGCCUGGUGGACGCCAUGCGGGCGCGGGCCGCCUCUGGGGGCCCCGGGGGCCAGGUGCUGGACCCGGCGCGGCCCCUGGUCACCUCCGUGGCCAACGUGGUGUGCGCGCUGUGCUUCGGGAAGCGCUACGACCACGAGGACGAGGAGUUCCUCAGCGUGGUGCGCGUCAACAACGAGGUGCUGAGGAUCUUUGCCGCCGGGAACCUGGCCGACUUCUUCCCGGUGUUCCGGUACUUCCCGAGUCCGUCGCUGAGGAGGAUGGUCGAGCACAUCCGCAGGCUGAACGGCUUCAUGGAGAGGAACAUCCAGGAGCACGUGGCCUCCUUCGAUAAGAACUCGAUCCGCGACAUCACCGACGCCCUGAUCGCCCAGUGUGAGGAGAGAGGAGAGGACCAGCAUGGAUCCAUGCUCUCCAACACCCAGAUCAUUCACACCGUCAUAGACAUCUUCGGAGCAGGAUUUGACACCAUCAUAGCUGGUCUACAGUGGAGUCUCCUGUACCUGAUCAAGUUCCCAGACACCCAGGCCCGAAUACACCAGGAGAUAGAUGAACACAUUGGCUCGGCCAGAGUUCCCAGGUUUGCAGAUAAGCCGAAGAUGCCCUUCACCGAAGCCUUCCUGUACGAAGUGUUUCGCCACGCCUCUUACGUGCCCCUCACCAUCCCUCACUGCACGACUACAAACAUCACGUUGAACGGAUACUUCAUCCCCAAAGACACGUGUGUCUUCAUCAACCAGCACCAAGUCAACCAUGAUAAAGAUCUUUGGGGCGAUCCAGACGUGUUUCGGCCCGAACGCUUCAUGGAUCCUUCCGGGCGCCUCGACAAGGAGCUGACCGAGAAGGUCCUCAUCUUCGGCAUGGGGAAGAGGCGUUGCCUUGGAGACGGAUUCGCCCGCCUGGAGAUGUUUGUGUUCCUCACGACGCUGCUCCGCGACCUGCGGCUCCAAAAGGUCCCCGGCCAGGAGCUGGAUCUCAGCGCCGAGUUCGGUCUGACCAUGAAGCCACGCCCAUACCUCAUUAGCAUCUCCUCAAGGUUCUAG